AUGACGCGUGCCCAGUAUUUGGAUUUGAUAGGGCAGUAUACUGGUUACAGACCUCAGGGUGACGCUAUACAGAGAGGGGGCAGUCACGUUUCUUUGUCAGCUAUCAGAGACCAUAUGGCGUUUUUGCACCGAGACAUUACCGGCGAGACAGAGGAUCUCCAUAUUGAGCGGUACAGGAGGUUGGCGCUUCUCCUGCUUUUUAGGGGUGUCUUGUUCUCGAACACUUCGGGAAGUAAAGUGAGUAUGCGUUUUCUGCAUCAUCUGCAGCAGCUAGAUGAGUUACCCCUGUACAGCUGGGGUGCUGCUGUUCUAGCAUAUUUGUACCGGAGUAUGUGCCGGGCGAGCAUGCUUUGCCAGCGGAUCAUGCCGUUGCAGCCACCUCUGCCACCACUAGAGCCGGGUAAGGCUUAUCCGUUUCUUCCUCUAGCUACUAGGUGGUUUCUCCGGCGUGGGAACUACCGAGGCUCUGAUGCUCAUCAUAAUCUCCCCCUUGUCAGGGAUGUGUUAGAUAUGCUGGUGGCCGGACAGCGACGAGUUGCUAGCUCAGUUGCCCGAUUAUUGCUUAGUCGACCGACUGCUUUGGAGCACCUCCGUCCCGAGUAUCAUGCCAUAGAGCGUGUGCUUCGCCAGUUUCACCAUCCCCAGCCUAUACCAGGGGAGCCAGCAUGGGUGCCUACACACUAUCAGCGAGAUGACCGUACCAGGGUGGACGAUAUAUUUAUGGGAUGGCUAGAGCAGCAGGUCCAUAUUUGGGAGCAGCAACAGUACCGUAUUCCGGCACCACCUUCAUUUACCCAGGAGGCCACUAUUCAGCUGUAUACGUCAUGGUACCGCCGUCACACCCGACUGAUGAUCGGGAACCCCAUUCAUGUACUUGGCGAAUGCUACAGACUAUACGCCAGGAGGCACGAGGCAUUGGCUAUUGGGCAUCAUCUGGUCUACCAGUUGGGACAGGAGAUGCAGCAGCAUGGCGACAGUGCUACAAUCGUUGAGUAUGGCCGGCAAGUGGCAGAGCUGGCUCGUCGGACCCUGUUUCAAGCAAGAGAUGGCGUGAGGUUGGAUCACGAGGCUCAAUAA